ACAAGCAAGACGACAGUGGCGAAUGGGCGGUCGGCGGCUUUAGCUAAGAGGCUCUAUGGGUGCAGGGAGACGUGCGGUGUGAUGGCGAUGUGCAUGCAGGAGGCAUGUGUGAAUGUGGAUAUGGAGGAGGCGUCGGGGGUGUUUGUGGACUGCGCUGUGGUGUGCAAUAUGGCUCCCUUCACCAUCACGCAGUACAGCAACUGGACCUGCACUCAGAUGCUAGGGAUCACCACCACUGUACUGAAGAAUGUGAAUUGCUCGUUGAAUGCUACUUAUGUCAAGGCUCUGAAACGAAAUGCCAGCAGCAGCAGCUCUGCGCCCAGCAGCAACAGCAGUGCGCAUGCAUCAUCUCACCAGCGGCGCUUGCUACAACUGGCUGGGAGGCAACUACCCCGCACACCAUCCCAGCGGCAACCACAGGGGCAUACGCAGCGGCUUUUGCGCUCCGGUGCCUUUUCUGAUGCCGCUCAAAACGAGAUGCUCAAAGUUCCGACGACCUCUCAGAGGACGAUGCAUUCGGUUGGGGGAGAAGGAGCUGCGGGGAAGACGCUAAGCUUUCGUUUUGAGAUGUCUCAAAACGAAAUUAGCAACAGCCGGCCGAGGAAGAUGCGUUCGGUUGGGGGAGAAGGGACAGUGAGAAAGACGCUGAGCUUUCAGGGGGAAUCGGAUGGUGGUAUGCCUCGUCCUCCCCACCAUCACCCUCGUUGGCACGUGAGGCGGAAAGCACCGAUGGGUGGGCGGAAGGAUGGAGGAAAAGCAUUGGAAGGAGCAGCAGCGGCAGAAGCUGAGGCGAGGGAGGUUACGGAAGAAGCAGAAGGGACAGGAGAGGCAGCAGGGGAUGCAGAAGCGGAGGAGAAAGGCGAAGAAGAAGAAGAGGAACAAGUAGAUGAGGAAGAGGAAAUAAUUAACCACGAGGAGGAAAGAAGUCUGUGGAGAGGCAGCAGUAGCAGCAGCAGCAGCAGAAGCAGCAGCAGCAGCAGCAGAACAGAGAGCAUGGGAAGCAUGAGCCUGAGUGGAUCCAUGACCCAUAGAGCCCUCAAUGCCGCAGUGCCCGCACCCAACCAAGUCGGACUGAGACCUGCUGCUGCUGCUUCUUUCUCUCCACAAGAGCUGCAACCACAAGCUCGACAACAGACACAGCAGCAGCAGCAGCAGCAGCAGCAGCAGCAGCAGCAGCAGCAGCAGGCAAACUUGCAGGCAAACAUACAGGCAAGCACACAGGCGAGCACACAGGCAAGCACACAGGCAGACACAGAUGCAUGGGCUGCCCUCGGCCCCACGGACCGGCAACGGUGGUUCAACCUGCGGGUGGCAGUGGGACGAGCCCUCUACUCGUGGGUGGGGGACGCGUGCCUCGCUGACCGCUUCUCUACAGUCACUCUCGACACUGCCACCCGCGCCCGCGUCUCGGCCCUGUUCUGUGGGCUGUUGAAUAGUCAGGGGGCAGUGCAGGGGGUGCAGGGGGUGCAGGGGGUGCAGGGUGCUACUUCUAAUGCUGCUGCUAAUGCUAGUGCUGGUGCUGGAAGGUUGGAAAUCACUGACACAGUCCUAGCGAACGAAGCAGCAGCAACAGGAGGAGAUGCUGCUCUGGUGGACAGUAGCUUGGCAGGAGUUCGUUCGAUUGGUGGUCAAGUGGUUGAUGUGGCAGCAGUGGGAGGGGGUGGCUGUGCGCUUGGGCCUUUCACGUCCGUGCAUGGGUCCAUGGCUGCUGCAGCUGCUUACUACGCCUUCCACGGUCUUCCUCCUCCUCCUGCUGCUGCUGCUGCUGCUCCCGCUGCUUCCAACAGUACAACCAAGAACGGCACUGCUUCUAAUGGGACUGCUUCUAACGGGUCUGCUUCUAACGAAACGGCAUCUUCCAUCAGUGUGUCUGCUCUGCUCUCCCGGCGCCUGCGCAUGUCCCGAGACCAGUUCGCGCGGUUCGUAGGAACCUUCCUGGAUGCGGUGGAGUCGGUGGUGGCGGUGGAUGGUGCCACCUUGGCUCGCCUCUCCUCUCACCUCUACGUUGCGGCGAUCGACCUGGUUGACAGCGAGCUGGAGGGCUGCAGCCUGCACGGGCGCAUGUUGGAGUGGGCAGUGGGGGCUGAUUUCAAUGUGACAGUAGGGAGGGGCGACAGUGUGCAGUUCGUGUGGGCCGACGACUACCCUCACUCCGUUAAGAUCCGCGGCCUGGGCAGCAGCAUGGGCGACAGCCUGUUCAAGGGCUAUGGCACCAACCGCAUGGUGCUGUCGAGGCACAGCCGGUGCGCUCCGGACAAUGUGGGCACCAUGCCCCUUGACGGCCCGCCACACCCGUGCGCGCUCUAUGGGCCCGCGGACACCCCCUCCUUCACCUAUGCUGCUGUCUUCACCCAAACCGGCUCCUACAAAGUGGAGUGCGGGCGGUUUGGUGCCGAUAUGACAGCCACGAUCCACGUUGUGGACGAUAGCGAAGACGACACUAUUUCUUUCCUCGACCCUUUUUUUGACGCCACAAACGCCACCGGAACCACCACCGAAUCCCCUCUUUCCUCCUCAUGCUACCCCGGCUGCUUUCUCGGGAGCCUAGCGGACGGCCGCUGCGACCCCCUCUGCAACAAUCACCACUGCGCCUUCGACGGGGGGGACUGCGAGUGCGCAGCGUUGGGGGGCAGUGGGGGGGGCGUGGGGGGGGAGUGCCCGUGCCCUGCAGGUCAAACGAGGUCGGACGCGGGGGCGUGUUGCCCCACGGACGCAGUGGGGGCGAACCUGCUGUUUCCCUUCCAGCUGCGGUCGUUUGGGCCGGACAUCCACGCCAGCAACACUCAGUUCUCGGAGCUUUAUGAAAAGCCUCUGCACCGCCACGUCACCGAGAGAAACAGGCUGCUGGUCGGCCUCUACGUGCUGCAAACCCGCUGGGGCUCCCGGGAGUGCCCCUCCAAAAAAUUCGCCAGCAUCUGGCCAAACUGCCUCAGCAACGCCACCAGCCUGACCUCCUUUGGCAUCAACCCGCGCUUCCUCUCCACGUCAGACCUUUACGACCCCCUCGUUGCCGCAGCCAAUCAGACGGGCCUAGAGAACUCCACUUUCAGCUCCGCCCCUCUCUUCAACGAUGAGGGGUUACCAUAUGGCUUCGUUCCUCCCAUGGACAACCUCGGGUCCUAUCCGCUCAUAUUCGACGUGAAUCUGCACCGGGUGGCGGCCACAAAGCGGCUGCAGUAUUUGGUGGACGGCUACUUCUUUGACAACCUCACGAAGUCAAUCGAGUUCGCCGUCAUCACCUAUAACGCGGACGUCAACAUGUUUGUGCUCUCAAAGGUGCUCAUAGAGGUGGACGUGGGCGGAAAGCUGGGCUACACGUACAGGCUCGUGCCAAUACCAGUAGAGCCCUACUCGUCAGCCUCCUCCUACGCCCAGAUGGUGUUGGAGAUAAUCUACGUGGUGUGCGUGGCCUACAACCUCCUGGAGGAGAUCAACGAGAUGUUUCAGACGUACCGUCACACGGGCAGCUUUCUCUACCACUUUCGCCAGUUUGGCAACUGGAUCGACCUGCUCUCGCUGGGGAUCCAGAUAUGGGGCAUCGUCGUCUGGAUCAUCAUGGUGCAGCAGCUGUCCGCCCUUGAGACCAUCAACGUCCGUUACAACGUGUACGCGUCGCUCGACGACACAACGUCGCAGUUCUGGGCGUUGAACACGACCUCGAAGGGCUUUGAGAGCGCGAUGCAGGUGUACCGAACCAUGGAUGAUAUCAUCAAGCUUCGCUCCUUCUACUUCGCGAUUCAAGGAAUCAAUGUGUUCCUCAUGGUGCAACGCCUCCUCAAGCUGAUGGACUUUCAACCGCGAAUCGGCAUCAUCACGCGCACCAUGGCGGCGGCCCUCCCAGCCAUCCUCCACUUCUUCCUCGUCUUCGGCAUCAUCUUCCUCGGAUUCUCCUUCUACGGCUACCUCGUGUUCGGCCGCACCCUCGAGCAGUUCCGCACCAUCCCCAACUCCAUGCUCUCCUGCUUCUUCAUGCUCAUUCAAGACAACGCCGCCGCGUACUAUUUCGUGAUGCUCGAGGGGUGGGAGCGGCUGGCGGCGUUCGUCUUCUGGCUGUCGUUUGUGGUGAUCAUGGUGUUUAUUCUGAUGAACGUAGUGAUUGCCAUAGUGGUGGAUGCGUUUAUGGAUGUGAAGGAAGCGGCGCAGGAGGAGACGGCGCUCCCGAUGGACAUCUGGAUUCUGCUGAGGAACCUGUGGCAGCGCAUCUGCACCCCGUAUUGGAGCCUGAGGAAAUUGCGCCAUCAUUUGUUGUUCCUGGGCACGCACGAGAAGACCAAGGAGGAGGAGGAAGCUUUGGCAAAGCAGCGCAAGUCAGCGGUGCGAGAGGUGGCGGAGAUGCUUAGGAAGGGGUGCUUCAUGUCGCAGCAGGAGCGGGAGACGCUGCGGCGGAUCCACCAGACGAAGAGGAUCGUGGAUGUGGGCAUCGACAAGAUGGACAUGAUGUCGCUCUAUGCCCUCAUGAACCGCACCUACGAGCGCAAGAUGGCAUCUAUGAGUCCCACCAAGGCGGCCAGCAAGUCGCAGCACGUCGACCCAGUCACCCUAGCCGAGUCAGUCAUGGGGCAAUUCGGGGAGAACGUGGAAGUGGCGCUGCUAGGAGAGAAGCCCAAGAAGGGCAAGAGUGGGGAGAUGUCACAUAUCAAGCGGUCCCUGCAGCGGCUAGAGGAGAACGCGGACGAGACGGCGUACGUGCUCCUACAGGUGCAGGAAUCUUUGGAGAAGAUGAGGCGAGAGCAGGAGGAUAUGCAGCAGCACCAGCAGCUGAUGCUGCUGAGGGGGGUGGGGAGGGGGAGUUUAAGAGAGGCCAGUGUGGGGCUGGGGGGACGCGGGAGACAGUGGAGCAGGGUACGAAGGCGGGAGGAGGAUGAUGAUGAUGAUGACGACGAUGGUGAUGCUGAUGUUUCGGCUGCUGCUGCUUCUCGUGGUUGGUUGGGGGGCGGGGGCAGCAGCGGGGACGGCGGCGCUGGUGGCGCUGGUGGUGCUGGUGCUAGUGGUUUUGGUGGUGAUGGCACUGGUGAUGGUGCUUCCGGUGGUUCUGGCAAGGGGUUGACCCACUCAACGAGUGCAGGAGAGGACACGAUAAUCAAGCAGCUCACCCGGUCUGUCUCCGGCAUGAAAGGAAGCCUAUCCUUUGGGCAGCUCGCCCCCCCCUCCCCCUUGCACACCCCGCACAGCCACAGCCUCAACAGCCCUAACAUGGUUGGGUUUAUGACUCGGAGGCGCACGGACAGUGCGCUAUUACUGGGAAACAGGCACUCUCCCCACGUGGCUGGCCUUGCUGGUGGGCUGAAUUUCAGUGCAGGCGUGGGAGGGGGAGGAAUGGGGGGCGGGGUUGGAGGGCUGAGUCCGAUACAUAGUGUGGUCAGUGGGCAUGUGGGCAGCCAUAUGGGGCAUCAGGCUGGGUAUAUGGGACAGGCGGGGUUGACUCCUAUAGGGUCUCAUAGCAUGGGGAUGCUGGGGGCAGGGCAUGGGGGGGGCGGCCGGCACCGGGCGGCGACUUUCGGCAGCAUGCCGAGAGGGAUGGGGGAGGAUCUACGGAGUGUGAGCAUGAGAAGGAAACCGAUGGAGUUUCCAUCCAUGGGAGCGGGGAUGGGGAUGGGGAUGGGUAUGGGUAUGGGGCGGGGGAUGGGUGAGGAUUCAGGGAAUAUUAGCGGGCGGCGACGACCAGUAGAGUUUGGGUCCAUGAGACGAGGAAUGCCGGGCGGAGGCAUGGUAGGGCCGGGAAUGGGUUCUCCGUUCCGGGGUGGCGGGUUCUUAGGCUCGGGACCGAGCGGGCUGGCGCAGCCUCGGUCGAUCAUGCCUGAUGGUGGGAUCGUGAGUCGGAGGUUCGGGGAGGGGGUGGGGGUGGGUAGUAGGAGAAUGGGGGGGUGGAUAAGCAAGGGAGCAGGGCUGCGGCUUUGCUUGCGGAGCUUCAGGCGGCGCGGGCGGCGGGAGGGGCGGGAAGCUGGACGAGGAUUCAUGAUGGGGAGGUGAAGAAGGUGCCGGUGAAAAGCUUGUUACAGAAAGAGGCCGAUGAAUUAUGAACUGCUCUUUGUAUAAACAUUAACCUAGGACUAAUCCAGAUAAACAUAUUGUUUUGAGGGGACAUUGUAUACUCCAAUAU